CAUUUAUGACCCACAGGUCAUGUUCUCCAAUCCCGUGCAGUCUAAUCCGCAUGAAACGUGCUGGUUCACGCUUAUUCUGUUGGGGAAAGAGCACAUUGGUAGGGUUCAGAGUGCAAGAUCGACUUAAUAUCACUAUUAUUUAAAUGGGAAUGGUACACGCUCGUGUAGUUAAACUAUUCAAUUCAUAGCACUCCAUAUUUGAAAAGUCAAAGUCAUUUGGCAGUUAAAAGCAUGAAGUAAACACGUGAGUUACGUUAAAACCGGAAAUACGCAACAUAACGGAAGUGACGUCGAUCUUUUGUGACGCUACUGCUGUUUCUAUGGUAACAACCACACAGUUCUUACCUCAGUGAUUAAACCCCUUUAAAAAAUCAAUUUCUCGCUCGAACAAGUGUCGAGAAGUUUUUUUUUUUUAUCCGGACCAUUUUACUUGAAAUGGAUGAAGAUGUCGCCUUUUCUGAUAUCGAUCCUGAAGAAGUUGAGGAGAAAGAGAUUCGUGAGCUAACGCAAGAAACGAUAAACCAAGGGCUCUCGCUCUUGUGUCGGACAGGAAAUGGACUGCAACACGCCUUUGUCAAACUGGAACUUGUGGACAAAGGUCUGAUCGACAUUACUUCAGUCGGCCGCUAUAUUCACCUUCGCUUCCUUGACGUUUCUGGUAACCAGCUGAGUGACCUUUCACCUGUGGCAUCACUGACCCAGCUACUUUGGCUAAAGGUGGACAAUAAUGCCAUCAGCACAUUUGUAGGUCAACCACUGGAUAAGCUAACUUUCCUGCAGUGGCUGAGUGCGUCUUCAAACUGCCUGAAAGACCUGGAUGGUCUGGCGGUACCAUCGCUUGAGAGCCUCAAUCUCUCAGGAAAUGGUUAUUCUUCAAUGCGCAGUUUUCAAGGUGACAACUUUGCUAACCUUGUAACCCUGGAGUUAAGGGGAAACCAACUGGAAACCACCGAUGGCAUAAACCUCCCGAAUUUACGCCGAUUGUAUCUGGCUCAGAAUAGCAUUAAUCGCCUGGAGGGAUUGGACAAUUUGCCAAAGCUUGUGAUUCUUCAUCUUCGGGACAAUCUUCUUGAGAAUUUGGAUGGUCUUUCUCCCCAACUGAAAAGUCUUCAAUACCUUAAUAUCAGAGGCAAUGCAAUAGCAGAUGAAAACGCCCUGCAAGCUCUUAAAUUCCUAUCCAAAAGUCUGCAAGCUUUGGUUCUGUACGAAAAUCCAAUUUCCGACAAGACGGACUACAGGACCGAUGUUCUGAUGGUCAUACCCUCGCUGGAGCGACUGGACAAAGAUGCAGUCACUCUUGAGGAGAGGGAGGAUGUCUUGGAAAGAAUUAAGGAACUGAAAGAAGAAGAGUCGGCAACAGAACUGUAGACACUCAGUUGUAACCCACAGGCAUUGAUAUAGAUCCAUGAACUGUUUCUCCUAAAUGCUCUUUCAGGGUGACAACGCAAAGUGUUGCAGUGUAAAUGACACUGCUGUUUGUGUUGCCUGGCAACAUUGUUCACUGAGUGAGGAUAAGUGCACAACUUCCUUGUCCUCGCCUACCUGCUCGCCUACAGUUACAAAUCCGUGCAUGAUUGCAUUGGAUAGAUAAGACAUGAGGAGAAGGCUUGUGGAGUUUCCUGAAUUACUUGCUUCUCACCACUCACAAUCACCCAGUGUUUCUCAACAAGGAAAUAAAUGUUUCUUCUGGAAAGGUGGAGUGUCUGGAAUGUGAUCUGUUUCCUAACACUGCCUUGUAUGUGUACAUUUAUUUGUGCUCAUUUUCCUCAUAGGAGGAUUUCAUUUGGUUUUGAAAACCUGAUACACCUGAUGCAAGUGCUUGAUGAUCAACAAGUUAAAUUGCUAAAUGCUAUAAUGUUUUGUUUUUUUUAAAACACCUUCUUAUUAAAAGAUUUUUCCUGUGAGAGCCAUCAUAAUGUAUAGCUUGUGUUGUACUCAGGUAUUUGUUAUCUUGCUGAGAGAAUGAAGAAACCUUGGAGAUUUGAGUUACAUAAUAUUCCUGGGUGAGUGCAACCAAUGAAUUGUUAAAAUACGCCGCGCAUACAAUGACCUAGCAAAGUGGUCUGUUAAUUAUAUAGUCAUGAUAUCAAGGUUGCAAAGAUUUAUGUAGUUCCUUUACAAAGAUCAAUAAAUAUAUUAUUAUUUAAUGUAAUUAUCUAACUUGCUAAUUGCCUCUUAAUGUUUAUGAUAUAUAUGUUUAUAAUAUUAUUGAUCAGUUUUAUGUGUAUUCAUUGUCAAUGGCUGCAAUUUGAUGUUCGGUGUGCUAAAACGUUUUGUAAAUUAUCUGAAGCAGAA